AUGAAAGGGCACUUUCCUGACUCUUCUAACUCUGAGGGCCCAGGUCUGAAGAGUAAAGCACCAUCGCGACGAUCCAUUUCUCUUGGAGAUUUCCAAAGACUGGGAGCUAACUCAAGGUCGGACUCUGCUACAGCAGGAGCUUCCACAGCACCCUCAUCCAAACUGGUUACCCCCAGCUCCAGUAUGGAAUUUGAAGCUGCACGCCGGAGAUUGCUAGAGGUGGAAGAGAGACAACGGGUGAUUUUAGAAAUGGAGAGCCGGCUGCAGGAGCUCCAUGAUAUCUUUGUGCAAUCUGAACAGGAGGUUGUGGAGCAUGGGGAGCUUGUGGCUCGUAUCACUGGGGCAGCUCAGCAAGGAGAGCUUUAUAUUGCAGAAAACAGCCAGAACUUGAAGAAAAAACUGAAAUUUAAGAAGCAUCGGCCAACAAUUAUCUUUGCCUCCAUGUUGGGACUCCGAACCUGUUUACCAUGGCCUAUGAAACUAAAAUAA